ACUCGUCCGACCCAGAGAGUCGAGGAGGGGCUACAUAAGUGCUGCCAAGUUUGCUCACAGAGGACUGACCUCAGACACCAGCGUUCGUUCGUACAGAAACACUAGAGAGAUUCGACCCCUCUCUGUUCUAACGAAUCCCGCAGAGCGACGAUUUUGGUUGGAAGCGAGAACGAAAAGAUGCAGAGGCAGGCCCACCCCGAACAAAGAAAGAUCUGCGGGGGGCAACGCAGAUACACCACGCCUUCUCCCCUGCGCAACCUGCAGCAAAGGAGAAGGCACGCAACGGAGAAGAGAUGGAGAGAUGGAAAGCGCUUCGACCGGACGCCCGAGUGGGCAGAGGGCAAGACCUCCCGCCACGACCAGAGGGACAGAAUUUGUGAUCGUUCCCGAGGAAGCAGACGCGAGCCCGCCCUGGGACGCGACCGUCUCGACCGCGAGCCUCCCCUCUACCCGACAGAUAAGUGGCAGGUUGGGAGGGAGCUCGACCCUGAGCACGCGCAUCGUCGAAGAAAGGCAAACCCUGCCGGCGGUUGCAUGCGAAACGGAGGCGGCAGAUAUCACCGGAGUGAGAGGAUUAAGCGCAAGCGGGACCCGAAUCUCAGCCCUCGCAGGACUAAAUCCGUGGUUCGGCCCUUGAAAAGGAGGACCGAGCCAGAGGCGCCCGGCGGUAAAGAACUAUCCCACUUUGGCGCGAAUGUCGCUGAGGCUCGCGUCUGCCUCGUAACCCGGGGGAAAGCGUGCCGCAUCAAGCCAACUCUGCCGCCUCUGCCUAGCCCGGUGGACGCGGCGGGGCAAGGCCGAGGCGCAGAUAGCGAACACUCGCUACGCCCGGGGCAGAUCGGAGUCCCAGCGUCCGAGAAAGGCGUCGAGGUCGCAACGCGAAUGGACGAAGAGCUGCACACUGCCAUCUGGAGCAUCAGCGGCCAACCGAACCCCUCCGGGUGUUAUUUGCCCUCAGCUGAAGACGAGGAGUACAACGCGUGCAUGUGGGCGCUGGAGGAAGAAGACGGCGCUGCUCUGUGCGAGAGCGGCCUCGCGAAAGCGUACGACGACAUCAACUUGAUCACGUACCCCGAUUGCAUCGAGCCGUGUGCGUCGGUGCCCCCAAACGGUUAUCAGGUUCCUCCUUGGGUCGCUACGUCUCGCACAGAGCCGCUCGAGUUUCACAGUUCUCUACGCCCGCCACCCGAGACGGGUAACGACGAUCUCGACAAUGGAGGUGCCGGACGCCAGAGAUCGCAGCCUGACGCAGAGCCGCACAAAGACGAGCCUGGCACCACGCUGUGGAACGAGUCUUUGGGGGUCCGGGGAGAGCGAGCCAGCCUCUUUGCAGAGUCCAAGCGAAGGAAGCCCGGGACGCCCGCAGAGGAGGAACUUGCGCACAGAAGCGCAGAGGGCAGUGCGGGGCCGCGCCUUUGGGACGGCAUCCCCGGCAUCUCCCUGUCCAAGCUCGAAGAUCUCAUCACUUGCCCGUCCUGCAAACGGAUUUUCAACCGUGCGCCGGUGUGCCACAAGUACUUCCUUGGACUCAAUCGGCCCGUGCAGUGCCUCUGCGGAUGCGUCCUCUGCACGCUGUGCUUCAGGGCGCAGGGAGGGUGCAGAGAGCACAGGGUCGCCUCCGAGCACGAAACCGUGAAUGCCACGGCGAACGCGCUUGCCGACCUGCCGGAGAUGGAGGGCGUAGGAGUCUGGGAUCUCGAACGAGAGGGCCGCGACCGCUUUGUGCAGCAGAGGAGUGAAAUGCAUGGAAAGAAUGUUGGCCGAAGGGCCGCCCAGUCACGAGGAACUUAAGCGAGCGUUCCAGGCUCUGAUACGGAACCCGGCAAACGACAUGUCUUUCGCCUACUGGGAAGACCAGGUGUUGCCUGAGACCGACGCGUACAGAUACGUUUGCAUGCCUCACGUCCCGG